GAUACUUAAAUAUCAAGUGGGCAAUAGCAUCUGUCAAGAGGCAUGUGUUUCAAUUGUUUUUUGUUGUCGUGAAGUGUAAAUAAAGUGGUGUUGUGGUGGUUCAAAAGUGGAGAAAUGAAAGUCUUCCUGGAGAGUGGCAGCAGUGCGACUCCCUCUCGGCUCAAGGCUGUUUCCUCACCCAAGAACAAAACCAACAUGGAGGACCUGGCAGUGGAAGUAUGCGGCGAAAAUGGGGCCCUUUAUAAGGGGUACGUCGUUGAUGUGUUUGAAGACUCCGUUCUUAUACAUUUUGAGGAUGAGUGGCAACCGGAUUCAAAAUUUCCCUUUUCUCAAGUUCGUCUGCCUCCAAAACCUGACCCAAAGGUCGAGUUUACUGAAAAUAUGGAGGUUGAAGUAUACUCCAGAGCUAAUCAUCAAGAGGCUUAUGGGUGGUGGAAGUCUAGAAUUAAGAUGAUGAAAGGCGACUUUUACGUGUUGGAAUAUGUCGGUUGGGAGACAACGUACACGGAAAUAGUCAGCGACGAUCGUCUUCGCGUCAAAAAUUCUAAUCCACCGAUUGAUAGUUCGAUGUUUGUCAAAUUCGAAAUCGAAGUACCAGAAGACGUCCGCGAGUAUGCUAAAAUAGAAAAUGCACACAAGGAGUUUCAAAACGCUAUCGGUGCUAGUCUGAUUAGGUACGUUCCGGAAAAGGGUGUUCUUGUAGUGAUAUCGAGGAAUGAGUCGAGUCGCAGAUGCGCGCGUCUUGUGCAAGACAUGCAUUUUCGUAGUUUAUCGCAAAAAGUGCUCUUAUUGAAACGUACGGAGGAAGCGGCGAGGCAGUUGGAGAGUACGAAGUUGGCGACAAUCGGCGGCAAAUAUAAGCCCAUGUACCAGCGAGUCUCAAAUUACGAGACCAUUUCAAGGUUUUCCGAUGAGUUCAACGUUAGGGAAGAUCUGAUGGGGUUAGCUAUUGGGGCUCACGGUGCCAACAUACAACAAGCAAGAAAAGUCGACGGUAUUACGAACAUAGAACUUGAAGAAAAUUCUUGCACGUUUAAAAUAUAUGGAGAGACUGAUGAGGCUGUGAAGAAAGCCCGAUCGAUGUUAGAAUAUAGUGAAGAAUCUCUUCAAGUACCCCGGGCACUAGUAGGAAAAGUAAUUGGGAAGAAUGGCAGAAUUAUUCAAGAAAUUGUUGACAAAAGCGGUGUGGUCCGGGUUAAAAUUGAAGGCGACAAUGAGCCUCAACCGACGAUUCCUCGCGAAGAAGGCCAAGUACCGUUUGUGUUUGUCGGUACAGUAGAGAGCAUAUCUAAUGCGAAAGUUCUUCUCAAAUAUCAUUUGGCACACCUCAAGGAAGUGGAGCAGCUAAGACAGGAGAAACUCGAGAUUGAUCAACAACUGAGGAGCAUCCACGGCAAUGCACUUGGUUCCAUGCAAAGUCUCUCGAUGGGUCGACGAAACGACCGAGGCUACAAUUCGGAUAUGGACGGAGGCGGACGUCCUGGUCGCGGUUCGAUGCGUGGCCGCGGAGGCAGAGGCCGAGGAGGCGGCGGUCCCGGAGGACGACAGAACGACCGCUACAAUUCCGGUACUAGUACGAUCACUGAUUAUGUUAAUAAUGUGGAUAAACGCAACACGGCCAACAAACCGAUGGGAAACGGCAGAGGCGGUGGACGCGGGGGCGGCGGCGGUCAUGCCAGCAGCAACGGGCGACCCCCAAGAGGGGGCGGCGGACCGCCGACGAACAAUCGCGAACGACCCAACAAGGUGAAAAUCUUUCUAGGAUCGCGUCACCAGACGCCGGAAACAGCCGAUGAGCGCGUCAGUGAUCUGCCUCCGCGUCAUUUCGGAGGUCCUAGAGGGCGUGGUAAUCGCAGGGACAACCGCCGGGACGACAGACGUCGCACCACCGACGACGAGGAAACGGUUUUGGACAGUCAGGAGGUAUCCAGUGUUGAUCGAGAGUCUAUAUCGAGUGCGGAAGCGACUUGGUCAGGUGGUAGGAGUCAGAGGAGGCGUAGACGUCGCGGGAGACAACGGAGCCUCACACCGGUUACCAACGACACUUCAGUGAAUAACGGACAGGCGGGUCCAGCCGGUGGAACCGGAGACCACGUGAUGCCGAACGACAGUCACAUUGCCGAUGGUGCAGCAAAUCAGAAGCCACGAGGAGUUGACACGAAGAACCGAUCUAAUCGGCCGCCGCCAGCUCGCCGUAACGACCCCAAGCCUAAAGAGGCUUUGGUAAACGGCACUACUGCCUAGAGCCACCGUCAUUUUGAAAGUGUGCGCAUCAUUAAACCGCAACCAGAGAGACGUUUUAGUUUCGAUUUUUUUCCUUUUGAUUUUCUUUUGAGAAAAAAUUGAUAUUGUUGAUGUUGUGUUGCAUAUCUUUUCCCGGUGUAGCAAAAAUGUUAAAGUGGGCGGUCGUCUGCCCCAUACUGGCCGAUACCAGAGUGACUGUUUGGUUCUGUGAACCUCCUCAACAUCCUCAACGUUAAGACUGAUGUCUUAAGUGUUUAAGUGGUCGCAGCGGGUGAAGAGCUUAGUGCGAUUAUGGACAGAGUUGAUUUAUACUUACAACCUCCAAGAAUUUUGUGACUACUUUUCUAAUCUUUCAUACAUUUCAUGUUUAGCGCACAUAAAUAAUGCUCGAAAUUUUAAAACUUUAGUCAUUAUUCUCUUUGAAACGUGUUGAGAAUCUUCACUUUAAGUUUCAGUAUAUUUGUAUUUAUGUGUUAUUUAUUAUUUUUUAUUUUUUGUUUAUAGUUUGUAAGAUAAAGUGACCAUUUGUACCUUCUACAAAUAGUUUACAAGCCAUUUUUCUUUUUUUUUCCUUUAUUACUGUAAUGAUACAUACAAAUGUAAUGUAAAUAAAGCCUCCUAAAUUAAAACUAGCUAAUACAGUAUUUGGUUAGGUGCUCUGUUUAUGAUUUGUUACAAUGGUUUAUCAGCUGUGUAUUGGUAUAACACAUUUUUGCAUUGAAUAAAACAUUCAAUAAAA